AUGAACAGAAAAGUAAUCACAAUCACAGCGAUCGAGCGAUCCAAUUAAGCAAUUUUGUUUUCAAAGCAUUGACACAUUUUUAGUGUUUUUGGGGUUUCUGGCGUCCGUUUGCCGAUCUGAAAUUGAAUUCGAGUGCAAUUCAACUGGAUUCACCUCACCUAGAGUCGUUUGAGCUUCAGAGAUGAAAAGUCUGAUUGUCCUUGUGCUACUCAGCCUUGCUGCUUUCUCGCAGGCAGAGGGUGUUGUCGAUAACGAAGAGUCGCUCUACGUCGUGGAGGGAAGGAUUUACUCUGCAGAGGGAGAAAACUCCAACGGCUGGCAGAGGGAAACCAGGAUUCUCGUGAAUGGAGGAGAAUACCUGGGAUUCCUUAAACAAGAUGGAUCUUUCAUCGUCAGCAACCUUCCAUCUGGCUCCUACACGCUGGAGGUGGCCAAUCCGAAUUACUAUUACGAGCCACUCAGGGUAGAGAUCAGCAACAAAGGGAAGUUCAGGGCUCGCAAACUGAACCACCUGCAGCCGUCUGUCGUAAACCUAGUGGCGUACCCUCUGAAGAUGAAGUCUCUUGGCAAGAUAAGAUAUUUCCAGCAAAGAGAGCAGUGGAGGAUCACUGACUUCCUCUUCAGCCCAAUGGUUCUCAUGAUGGUUCUUCCUCUGCUUCUCAUCAUGGUUCUUCCAAAGAUGAUGAACGACCCUGAAACCAAAAAGGAAAUGGAACAACUGAAUAACAUGACUAAGUACGAACUGCCGGACGUGUCCGAAGUGGUUGCAAACCUCUUUUCCGAUCGCGAAGAGCCGAAGCAAAAGUCCAAGGCGUCGAAGAAGAGACAGUGAAAGACCGAAAGUGAAAAUUAAGUUAUUUCCGUUGAAGGUGUGAUUGAAUAAAAGCGAGUCUUGUUAA